CUUAUUCGUAAUUCGUGGAGAGCGCUCAACCCCUGCUACCACAAUUCGGAUCGAUUCUUCGUUGUUGUUGAUGCUACCCUUAUGAACGUAGAACUAUGUCAACCGGUGCAGAUGGCUCCUCGUCCAGUGCCAGCGAACCAAGCCAUGUUACAAUUUGCGAACAGUUCGAAUUUCUGAAGUCCAAAUUCCUCGCCAUACUAGAAGAUCGCUUCUUCGGGAAUCUCAAACAUGAUUGGCGCAAGCACGAACAGCAGGGCGAACAGAACCGUUCUCUACAAACAUUUCAAAGUCUGAGCGAUGAAAGUGGCAGCUAUUUAUGUCUGGAUGGUAACAAAAUCUUGUUCGACUGGUUUCGACAGGAGAUGGAAAAGUCUGCAUCGCCGGAUUCCAAGUCUCCAAGUCCGGUUAUUGUCAAGCCGAAGGUCAGUUUCGAAAGCCCAUACAUGGUUGGUACUUCCGAGCAAAUGGCUGCGUUUUUGCAAGCUGAAGAUCGUUUCCAUACUCACAGAUCAAGGGCUAAUGAUGGCAUGAGAGGAAGACUGAUGGUUGAGGAUAAGUGUUUCGAGGAAGAAAGGUUGGGACAUAAGUUAAAGCAUGGCUCCAAGCUGGCCACGCAAUUCGAUGCACAUUAUCGUAGUGAGAUUUCCUACAGACCGAGAAUUCGAAAUUUCACCAGGGUUGAUGCUAUUCAUAAAAUGCGGGAAGCUUCUCGGAAGCAGUUCGAAACAUACUACCGGCAAGAAUAUUUAUUUGAGAAAACUGAAGCACAGAAAGCGGAAAAGAAUUACCAUGAACAAUUGCGGGAACGAUGUGCCGAGUUGACUCAAGCUCUCAGGGUUAUCCGUCAACAGCGAUUCAGUCAGUCGAUGCGAGUCAUGGACACGGUGAAGCCAUGUUACGAGGAAACUGCCCGAUUGGAGAAGGAGUUUCGUGACAAACAGCAGAAGAUGGUCGGACUUUGGAACAAAGUAAUCAAACUGGAGAGCAUUUGGGUUCGAAGGAUAAAAUAUCAAAACUUCCUAUAUUUGAUUAUGCCAAAAGCUUGGCGAGAAGAGAAUGAUUGGAUUCAUAUGGACGAUGAGGGACAUCUUGAAGGAUAUCCUGAAUCUAUUGCAAAUCGAUGCGUCAAAAACCUGAGAAGUUUAGAGGGAAAGAACGAUAUUUGGGCCGUCAAGGAGUUUUUUGAAAAAGAAUAUGUCGAAAAGCAAAAACCAGUACAUUCUGUGUUCGAAAAUAGUCAAGACUUGUUAGGCGGAGUUGCGGAAUUAGAUGCCAAUUCUAUGACGUUGUUGAAUCGUUUGAACAUGCUUAAUUGGACUAAAGUGGAUGCAGAGCAAGAAUCUAAGGAAGUAAUGAACAACUAUUUCACACUUAUUGGAAAUCUGAGGUAUUCGAUUCAAGAUUUGUUAUCCAGGAAAGAAAGUUAUGAAAAACGCUCUGCUGAAUUGAAGGCAACUUUCUAUGAGUGGAUAGGAAAUCCUUUGCGAGAAUGUGUUGCCAACGAGAAAACCAGAAAUGUUGAAACCCUUCUGUAUGUUCUCUACAAAAAUCUACUACCGUUAGAUCAAAGACAGAAUGCACUGCGUUUUUCAGGAACUGAAAGUUUUGUCUAUGUUUCAAACACAAUAACGCAACUACUGGCAGAGUUUGACAAAAUUCCUCCAGAAAUAAUUAAAUCGGUUGAGAAACGAGUACGAUUUGCCCAUAUGCGAAAGAUGAAGGCGGCUCAACGUGCCGCGGAUGAAGAUCAUCGACAUAAGCUGUUAGCGAUUCAGCUGAAACGUAGUUUGGCACCGCCCUACGUGAAGCCUCCUCGCACAGGAAAGUUGCCCAGGUCAAGGUUAAAGAAAAAGCCAAUACCGGAGGUAAUAGUGCCUUCGACAGAGACAAAGCUCGAUCGCAUAUUCAAGUAUGGCUUCGGAGAGCAUGCUACGUUAAGUGAAACGGAACGUAAAAACCUUGAAAUAGAUUUGGUCUACGGUAACUACUCUUCAGUCAGGUUUGAACAGUAUCUUCGAUCGAUCGGUUAUGAGCCAGAAUACGAUUUCCUCAGUAUGGUGGAGCAACGCGAUGGGCCAGAGACAAAUUUCUUCCAGCGCAAGGAACUGAUACCACUAGUGCUCCGCCGCAUGAAGAGAUGGGAAGAUUAUCAGGAGAAGCUCAAACAAAAAUUGAUUGUACAAAUUCAGGACGAUAUUUGAAUAAAUGCAGUGAUUC